AUGUCUAAGGAAAAUAAUAUUGUCACAAAGAGAACAGUCACAUUUGUGAACAACGCCACACCUGCAACCAUCACCGAAACUCAAUUAGACUUGGAUCAUUGUUUUGGUGACGAUGAAAUAGUUAUUGCCAUUAAAGCAGCUGCCUUGAAUCCGGUCGAUUUUGCUCUCCAUGAACUUUCAUAUCCACGUUUCACUUCUGCUGCACCAAAAGCAUACGGAAGAGAUUUUGCUGGUGUUAUUAUUCGUCGUGGUGCAAAAGUGGAUCCCAAAUGGCAAGUUGGUGACAAGGUAAAUGGAUCAUUCAACCAUAUAUAUGGACCAGAAGGUUCUUUAUCUAACUAUCUUAUUAUGAAUACUAAAAAACAACUCGCAAUUGACCAUAUUCCUGCAACGGAGGAUUCCGACAAGGAUGAAUUUAUUCAUGCUGCUGCCUGGCCAUUGGUUUUUGGUACUGCAUAUCCAGCUUUAUUUAAAUGUGGUCAAACUUUUAACAAGGAUUCAAGAAUAUUGGUCAUUGGUGCCUCUACAGCUGUGUCUAAUGCAUUUGUCCAAAUUGCUAAGAAGCAGUUGAAUGUAGGUACUGUAGUUGGUAUUUGUAAUUCAGCCUCUGUGGAUUACAACAAAUCCUUAGGCUUCGAUUACUUGGUUCCUUAUAAUCAAGAAGGUACUAUUCCAGAUAAUGUGGAAAAGUUGAUGAAGGAGAACAAUAUUGGUAAAUUUGAUUUAAUAUUUGAUUCUGUGGGAUCCAGUGACUUUUUCCCUGUCAUGGAUAAAUUUUUAAAACCGAGAACAGAAAACUCUUAUUACGUGACAGUGGUGGGUGACGAAAAGAUAAAUUACAAACACCCAUCUUUGAUUGGAGCCAUCCCAUACAAGGUUCCUUUUAGAACUUAUAAUCCAUGGAGAAAGUUCAAUUUUGCUCAUUUUUUCUGUGUACCAAAUAAAGAAUGGGUAGAUCUAGGAACAAGAAUGAUUGAAACAGGGAAAUAUACUCCUCCAAUUGAUUCAGUUUUCAAACUCGAUCAAUUUCAAGAAGCGAUUGAUAGAUUAAAAUCUAAUAGAGCAAAGGGUAAGGUUAUUAUUACUCCAAACUGA